UUGUUCCAAUCAAACCAACGAAAAGAAGAAGCAGCAGCCCGUUGAAGGGCUUGUCAGCACAAACUCCUCAAUUUUCUUCACAAGCUGCGGGGCUAUAAAAGAUCGGAUGUCCUCCCCAAAGCAACCCCUCGACGAGGAGCAAGGCGGCCCCCACAUGAAGAAGGCUAGGGGGAGGCACGUGGCGGCGCUGAUUCUGGCGCGAGGAGGCAGCAAGGGGAUCCCGCUGAAGAACAUCAAGAAGCUCGCCGGCGUCCCGCUCAUUGGCUGGGUGCUGCGGGCUGCGCAUGACUCCGGCUUGUUUGACAGCGUGUGGGUAUCAACCGACCAUGACGAGAUUGCCAAAGUUGCCGAAUCCUUUGAAGCCAAAGUACAUAGAAGAAGCCUGGAAGUCUCCAAGGAUUCCUCUACGUCUCUGGAAGCCAUUCAGGAGUUUGUCAAGGAUCAUCCAGACGUGGACGUGGUCUGUAACAUCCAGGCUACAUCCCCGUGUCUGCAUCCGGAUCACCUGAGCGAGGCCUUGAAGUUGAUAACGGAGGACGGUUACGACUCGGUCUUCUCGGUGGUCAGGAGGCACCAGUUCCGCUGGAAGGAGGUCAAGAAAGGAGGCUCUGAGGUAACGGUGCCGUUGAACCUGGACCCUAAGAACCGUCCUCGACGCCAGGACUGGGACGGGGAGCUGGUUGAGAACGGCUCCUUUUAUUUUGCCACCACCAGCCUGAUCGAGAAAGGGUUAUUGCAGGGGGGGAAGAUGGCCUAUUAUGAGAUGGAGCCACAGUACAGCAUAGACAUCGACAUCGACAUUGACUGGCCGGUGGCUGAGCAGAGGGUGCUGAGGUAUGGUUACUUCGGUAAGGUCCCGCCCGAGGUUGUGCGCCUGAUGUUCUGCAAGCUGUCUGGAUGUUUGACAGACGGGAGGAUCACUAUCUCCAGUUCUGAAAAGGAGAUGGUGUCCUUCCACAUCAGAGAUAUGGAGGGUCUGCGGAUGCUGAAGAGCGAAAAGGUGGAGGUGGUUCUACUGAACUGCAGUCAGGACCCCAUUGGGAAGUCGCUGGUGGAAAAACUGAGGGAAAGGACGGGGUGUCAGGUCCUGACGGUGGGAAAGAAGCCGCUGGAGGACCUGCAGCCAUUCCUGAAGAAGAAGAAGCUGGAGUGGAAAGAUGUGGCGUACAUGGGUAAUGACGGAGCAGAUGCCGACUGCCUGAACCAGUCGGGCCUGAGUGCGGUGCCUGGAGAUGCGCCUGCGGAGGCUGUGAAGGCUGCGAAGUACAGCUGCCAUCACACCACAGGAAACGGCGCCGUGAGGGAGUUUGCAGAGUACAUUGUUCGGAAGAAACAAGAGGCCAUGUCCAAGAAGCAGCAAGUUCCCGCGGACGGCCUUGACUCCGGUUAUGUAACGAAUUCUUCGGGCUCUCAAAGUGAAAGUGAAUUUUCACUGUCAGGUGAAGCAAUUAACUACUGUGGAGUCCUACAACACCCACGUUAAACAGACUGCAAUCGUUUUUGGGGGACAAAUCUGAAGAAAAUCUGUCUUGGUGUAAGUAAAAGAUGUUUGUUGAAGUAUAAAGUUAUUGUUUUCCCAGCCUAAGUUUAUUGAUAGUUUCCCUUCUGGUUUUCCUUACCUCCAAAGUUAAAAAGAAAAAACGCAUUUUUUAUCACCAAAUAUUUGAGGUAUUGAAUACAUUAUUUUUGUAUUUACAGCAUGUUAUAUAACUAAGAAAGCAUUAAUUUGAAUAUCUGAAUUGUGCCAACUUGAUGCCUAAAUGUGACUUGAAUAAUUGAGAGGUAAAACGAUAAAUUAAGAAGUAAAGGAAGUUUCUUUUUUGCCUGGAUUUGGGUUGAAACUGUUUUCAAUCUUUUUGCACCAACUCUCUUCAAUGUUGUUAACGCAUCAGAAAUCAGAUGCCAGGACUUUAGGUUAUCUUGGAACAUAAUUGUGGUGGGAUUAAAGCACUAGUUACCUACAAACUUUAUUUUUUUUUUCUAAAACAUAAGAAGAAAAAUAAGUCUGACUUUUGUGAAUGAUUAAGUAAUUGUCUGCUUGCUCAAUAGUUAUUUAAUCAUUUAUAUUGAAAUAAACUGAAUUGAAA